AUCUCUUGGUCACCAAUACUGUGGAUAUAUGAGAAGAGCACAUUAUUGUUUUGGGAUUAUAUUCACGUGGUAUUCUUCUUUUCAACUUCCGCAUUGGUAAAGCGGCCUGCAGACGGAUGCUAGCUAUUUUAAAGAAGUUAUAAAAAGCAAGCAGCUCCCACCCUUAGCUAACACUUAAGCUAAGUCUAUGUAGUAAAAUAACGUCAGACGCAUCGGUGGCUGGCUAGCUAGCCAACCAUUUAACGCUAUCUGUAAAUUAGCUGGGCGCUGUGAUAGCUAGCCAUCAAUGCAAGACCCGUAACGUUAGAGCUUGCUGGCAUCCCUGAAUAACUCGUUUGGAUAAUAAUGGAUGUAACGAGUUGUCUCUCUUGAUUAUAAUCCCAAGAGGAAAUAGCACCACCAAGACUGGCACUUCCCAUUCACCGUUUUUGGACCCAGAACCAUUGUGAAACCCCUCGCAGUAAAUGAGGGGUUUAUUUUGACCAAACAAGAGUUGGUGGUGAUUAUUUGAACAGCAGAAAGGACAAGCCAAGACUGUUUUGGUGCAGCCUCCUGACCAGCCAACAUCAUACUGCCUCCUCUCUGUUUCAUCCAUAUCACAAACAAGGAGGCCACUGACCAGCACUGGAUGGGGAAAAUUGCUUGCAUCCUGUUUUCAAGGUUGGACGAGGAUACUUCAAACCUGAGAAACCUCAAGAUACAAAUGGCCCGAAGAGUCUCCAUCUUCAUUGCAUAAAAGCCGGAGUUUUUCACAUUUUUGUUGAGGUCAUUUUUAGGAAGUUGCUCUGGAGUGGCUGUAUCCUCCAUGGGAUUGUUGUGGGAGGGUGUUAUCCAAGCCUCUAUGCUCUCUGCUGGAGAAGGAAGCAGAGGGAAGGCCCUGGAAGUCCCUGGAGAAGAGGGCUAUCAAGAAAACGGCCUGUAGUUGGGAGGCUGGCGGUUACAUAAUUAACAGGCGCGGUCGUCCACUAACGCAGUGGAAAAAGGAGAACAGUGGGGGAACUGAGUUCUUCUAUGUUGCCAUUGCUGGCUGCUGUAUAAAAAUACCAUUAUCUAUUCACGAAUAUCCCCAAGUGCUCCAGAUCAACACUGCAAUUUUAGCUUUUCCUCAGAAAUUUCAUUUACAUGGAUACUAAUGGAUGUUCUACUGGAUGUUCCCUCAGAUAUUUUGGAAAGACCCACACCAUCACCUCCUGCUUGUUGUGUUCCAAUCAUAUCCCUGGUGCAGUUGGCAGGUGAGGUGGUUUGAAUCAGCCACCGGCAGGGUUUAGGGAUGCCCCGACACAGGAAAACCAGGCUACUCCACUGGCCCGCUUACAGACUGCUGUUGCUAAUACAAGUCCUGGACUGAAAGCCAAUUGUCUCCUCCUCAAACAGAGAGCAAGGGGUUGCCAUUUUUUAUUUGCAAGACUUUUUUUUCACAUUGCUACAGCUGUCCAGACUGCUGAUCUCUGGGUGCUAAAAAUUUUGCAUUUAAGUUGAUAGGAAUCUCCAUACAUUUUGCUGGCACAGACUUGGGUACAAACAAGCUGAUUUCCCUUUUUAGGUCUUGACCUGCACUUUUUUUUUAGACAAAGAAAGUCACAGAGGAAGGAAGGAAGGAAGCCAAAUUAGUUUAUCAUACCAGACAUUUUCUUUUUCUGUCAGCCUCAUUUCAUCUCUUGCUGUUGCAUCUCCCAUCAGAACAGGUCUACCUCUGUCAACUCUUGUACCUCACUGUACUCCCAUUUAAAGACCAGUCAAAUCAAACUGGACCAGUUCACAGCAGGCGCAAGGUUCAUCAGUUUAGCUGAGGUUUUCUGUCGGUCAGGAUUUGAUUGGACUUUCACAGCACCAAAUCACUUAAGAACUGAUUUGGCGGAAGGGUCUGAACAUGUUUUUGUUUGUUUUUUAAUUUCUGCAUGAUCAUGAUUUUCACCAGGCCUUUAUUCACGUUGCUAUACAACAAGCAGAUUUCCCUAUUUUAGAUUGAUUUCACUCUUGUAGAAACAGACCCAUAAGAGUUAUUGUGUCUACUGGCUUUUAUUAGUACUUGAUUGAUGUUUUGAUUAGAACAAAGUCAAACUACUUUCAUGUAAAUAUCUUCAACUGUGUAAGAGACUGACAAGACUUUUACAGCAGAGUGACUUGUAAGCUUCUUUUAAUCUCUCUCUCACACACACACACAGAGUAGAUCAGGAUUGACCUAAGAACCUAGAAAACAAGCAUUGACUCCUCCUCCCAUCUCGGUCUGGUGAUGCAGAACAGUGUUUCUCUCCUUUCCACGUGAAAGAGGAAGCCCUCCAUUUCUUUUUUAUCUCUCUUUUGCCUUUUUUUUUCUUCAGUUUGCCAAUCCAUCAUUUUCACCCCCGAACUAUAAAUCCAUUCAGCACACCUUAAGCAGCAUUAAACUCUGAAUGUCAAAUUUCUUGGUGUAGCAGCUGCUGAACACACACACACACACACACCACCACACACGGGAAGGGAUGCCAGGUGGCAGCAGUAAGAGUGGUGGGCGGGGUCCAUCCUCGUCACCUCUUCCCCAUGCUGUUGUCCCGCCCAGCAGACCCCUGCGACCCUCCCGGUAUGUCCCGGUGUCGGCAGCCACCUUCUUCCUGGUUGGCUCCACCACGCUCUUCUUCUGCUUCACCUGCCCGUGGCUUUCGGAGCGUUUCUCAGUAGCUGUGCCCAUCUACAAUGGAGUCAUCUUUUUGUUUGUUUUGGCUAACUUCUGCAUGGCCACAUUCAUGGACCCCGGCAUCUUCCCGAGAGCUGAGGAGGACGAGGACAAGGAGGACGAUUUCCGUGCUCCCCUCUACAAGACCGUAGAGAUCAGAGGGAUCCAGGUCAGGAUGAAGUGGUGUUCAACCUGCCGCUUCUACCGGCCACCACGGUGCUCCCACUGCUCCGUCUGUGACAACUGUGUCGAGGACUUUGACCACCACUGUCCGUGGGUGAACAACUGCAUUGGCAGGAGGAACUACCGCUACUUCUUCCUCUUCCUCCUGUCUCUGACCGCUCACAUCAUGGCCGUGUUUGGCUUCGGCCUGCUCUUUAUCCUCUACCAUCGCCAGAACAUCGACCGCCUGCACGCCAUCGUCACGCUGGCUGUAAUGUGUGUUGCAGGCCUGUUCUUCAUCCCUGUUGCUGGCCUCACUGGUUUCCACAUAGUGCUCGUAGCCAGAGGCAGGACUACCAACGAACAGGUAACAGGGAAGUUCAGAGGAGGUGUUAACCCAUUCACCAACGGCUGUUUGAAGAAUGUCUCUCAUGUCCUCUGCAGCUCACAGGCACCCAGGUAUCUGGGCAGGAAGAAGUGUGUGCAGAGUGUGUGUGUGCAGCCUCCUUUUCUGCGGCCACAGCUCACAGAGGCCCAACUAGCUGCAAAGAUCCUGGACAACGGCAUACAGGGAGACCUGCACCGGUCGAAGUCCAGUCUGGAGAUGAUGGAGAGCCAGUCAUGUGACGCCGAGCCUCCUCCUCCUCCUAAACCAGAGCUCCGCUACCCUGGAAUCACCAGAGGAAACACGGAGGAGUGCAGCCUGCUGAACAAAGCCCCUCCCACCCCCACCAUGUACAAAUACAGGCCCACCUACAGCCCUGGCAAGAACCACACCGCGCUCACACACGCUUAUGCCAACCAGUUAAGUCGAGGGGAGAGUGUUGGCAGUGCCAGGGACUCCUCCUCCUCCACCUCAUCUCUCCUCCAGGCCAGCCAGCAGCCUGGUUUCCGCUCCCAGCCCAGCCUGGACCGGAGGGACACUGCAUCUGACAGAGUGGGAGGGGGAGGAGGUGGGGAGAGGAGGGAGGGAGGAAGAGAGGUGGGAGGAGGGGGCAUCCCUGGCUACUCCCUCGGCGGACGUUCGUAUCCCUCCUUCUCUGACCCCACCGUCCUAUCAGGAGUGCCGUCACGAUCUUCCAGCUCCACGCACACCUCAGCAGGUGCUGCCCACGUCUCCGAGGCAACCACCACCUCCGCCAGCUUCAAAAGCUUAGCCAAUCAGACACCCCCGUCUCACCACCCGUCCCGCAACGGGAGCCUGUCAUAUGACAGCUUACUGGCAGGUGGUGACGAUUUCGACAAAGGCGUGCCGUCAGGUUCGGCGGCCCCUGAGGUUUCCUCCGGUAGACCCUGUACACCGGCAGCAGGCGGCUACAGUUCCCCCUUCCUCUCAUCACAACAAAGAGUUACUGAGAUGCACUCUCAGUCCUCGCCCCAUCACCACCACCGCUCCUCCCACCACCACCACCCCUCCUUCCUCCAUCGCUCCUCCUCUUCCACGUCCUCCUCCCCACCCCCUCCUCCAGAGAGGGAGUGUCUGCUGGGCGAGCCCCAUCCCGGCGCUCCCCCCCUACCUGCCAAUCAGGCCUCGGCUCCCCCGUCCUCUUCAGCCCCGCCUCCCCCACACCACCACCACCACCACCACCAUCACCACCACCACCACUCCCAUCAUCACCACCACUCUUCCUCCUCUUCCUCUGCCUCCCGCCCUCCUCGCUUCGCUGUCCCUCACGCACCACCCCACCACGCUUAUCCCUACCGCACCCGCUCAACGGACACCCCUCUGGGCUCCUCCACCACCUCCACAACCCACCCUCCCCGCUCCCCGCACCCCCCGCCUCUGGGCAAGUCGCUCUCUUACUCGAGUGCUGCCGCUGCAGAAAUGCAGUACCGACUGGUCCGAAAGGCCUCCGCGUCAGCCGGAGCGAAUGCAGCGGGGGUAGGAGGAGGAGGUGGAGGGAUGGGAGGAGGAGGAAUACAAGCGCCGAAGGAUGAGCUGAUCCAGAUGAAGCCUCUGAGUCGGACCACUGGGGACCAGCACUUCUCCUCCACCCCCUCCUGCUCUGCCCCUUCCUCUCCCUCUCACCCCGUCAGCGUGUCUGCCCGGCCCGGAGUGGCCUAUCCCAGCUCGGCAUUGAUGCAGAGCCCCGCCCAUAAGCACCAGGGUGGCGGGGUGAAGAAGGUGACAGGCGUCGGGGGCACCACCUAUGAGAUUUCUGUCUGAGUGGCAGCCAGCCUCUAGCUCGAGGACUAAUGUGACGAAGAGGAGAUACAGCUGUCUCUGUCUGCCUCUGAGGGAGCGAGUGGGGUUUUUCAUAACACAAGAAACCACUGACCUACUGUGGACCUACUGUGGACCUACCGUGGACCUACUGUGGACCUCUGAGGAUGAGUUGAAAUAUUUAGUCCAGAUCUCACUCAUCACUUGCUGAUUGACUGAGGAGCUAAACUGUCCUGGACUGUCCUGUCCUGCCUCCAGACAUCCACCUUUGUGACUGUGCUGUAAAAAUGACAGUAAGACCUGGACUGAUGUAAGCCAGGACCUGUUGACACUGGGCUAUAAAAGACUUUUUUUUUUCUUUUUUGGAUCUCACAGGACCAAACAGGAACCAUGAUGUGGCUCUUUUUUGUGGGUUUUAGCCUCACAAUAGCUCAGUUGGUAGCAUGAAGCACUAGCAUGGUCGGGUCUGGGUGUUACAGUAUAUAUAUAUAUAUAAGUAUAGCAGCGCAAGGCAUUACCACUGCCAGGGUGAAGAGCCUGGUCCCAGCUGGAGCCACCAGUAUGCUCUGGACGAGGGUUUGACGACUGUAGGUUUAUGAAGGGUCAUAUCAGUGACUUUGGUGGAAAAGUUGAAGAUUUUAACAUUUCACCAUUUUCACACUCACAUUCAGAACAUAACUGAACACAAAACCCCACGAUGAUGAUGAUGAUAGUAAUAAUGAAUGCAUUCAUGCACACUCGGUGCAAAACCUAAGUAGGAUCCAUUUAAAGAUGAAGGCCUCUUAUAGACGACCAGUUUAGUGCUAACUAAACAUGUGACCAGUCGAAACAAGUCAUAUCAGAUUAAGUCAUAGCAAGUUCUUAAUGCAAGUUAUGGCUAUAGUUGUCAGUUAAACCCUUCUUUUUAUAAAAGCCUCCACCAAACGGAGGGUGUUGUGAUUGCAUUGGACCAAGAAUAUACGUAAAUGGUGUUUGUGUUGCAUGGAGUCAGUAUUGCAGCCCAGGCAGAAUCCCUGUAACCUGUUGUCACUGUCGUCUCAGUCGCAGCCUUCCAGUCGGUCCUGGAAAUGCACAACACGACCUGAAAGGAGGUCAGCAAUCAAGCAGUUAGCAGGAUCUAUUAUGGACUUGUGACAAUCUACCAGUGGCUGGAAGGAAUGUCACACAUGAACUUUCUGAACCACGUUGCUACGUGAAUUGACUUGCCUUUUGACGAAGGGAUGAAAAAUGUGACAUUGAAAAAAAAAACAACAACAAAACAAAACAAAUGCUGAUUCCCUGUUUCUUUGAUUCAUUUGUUGAUUUCUUCCUAGAUGUGAAUAUGAU